UGGGACAGCAAUCAAAGCAGCCGCAUCGUCGGAGCCUUCUACACCUCAACACCUUAGAGAUCCAGGCAAGCGAUAUGGAUAACCGCAGUCUGCUGAUGAGGCUCUCGAUUGUGGUGGCGCUGGUUUUGCUCCUCGUCUGCGUGCCUGAAACGGAAGCGGGAAGCCACCAGAAAAAGAAGAAAAUUGUGAUCCACGUGCCUAUCCACAAGAAGAUCGAGAAGCACAUCCAUACAGUGGUAAAACACGUGCACCACCACCACAAGCCACUCGUUUUAAAGGAGGAGAAGAAGGUGAUCCACGAGGACCACCGGCCCAUCCAGAUCCACCAGACCAAAGAGCACAUCCACCACCACGAGAAGCACGACCACCACGAUCACCACGAUCACCAUGACCACCACGAGCAUCACCCGCUUCCGGUGGCGCCUCCUGCUCUCCCGGAGCUCGAAGAGGAAGAGGAGGAGGAGCACAUCCACCACCACCACAACUACGAGCACAGGGGCGGAUUGCGGGACGACUUCAUCGGCGGCGAUGGGAGCAGCAGCGAGGAGCGCUGACUAUGCAGCGCCCAAAAUAGGGCGCAGACUGAUCCGAUCGUGGACCGAUCGCCCGUCUUAUCCCGACUCUUUGUGAUUCCCUAGAUACUUAUGUACCCUUUUUGUUUUUUUUUUUUCUAGCCCUAAUCGUAGAUUAAAUAAUAUUAAUAAAGUUAACUUGAAGUAAGACGAAUUUAGUUAUAAGAAAAUAUGAAGGGAUAUUUGGUUUUGAUCUUUGCCAUUAUUUAAUGAUACAACAUAAGAUAGGGGACUGGGAUUUUUAAUAA